AUCUUCAAGGACACCCGAUUUACUCCAAAUGCAUUCUGGUACUGUCCCUUCUCUUGUUUCUGGAGACCCGCCGCUAAAGCAAAACCGGUUAUUGACUGAGGUCCCAAAGUGUCUCCAGCCAUGUCUGUCAGAGAGUCGUUUAACCCAGAGAGCUACGAGCUAGACAAGAGCUUCAGACUCACACGCUUCACUGAGCUCAAAGGAACGGGCUGCAAGGUACCCCAGGAUGUGCUACAGAAGCUUCUAGAAGCCCUGCAGGAGAACCACUAUCAGGAGGAUGAACAGUUCCUUGGAGCCGUCAUGCCCAGACUUGGCAUUGGUAUGGACACCUGUGUCAUCCCCCUCAGGCAUGGGGGCCUUUCUCUAGUCCAGACGACAGACUACAUCUACCCCAUAGUGGACGACCCCUAUAUGAUGGGGCGAAUUGCGUGUGCCAAUGUUCUAAGUGACCUGUACGCAAUGGGAGUGACGGAAUGUGACAACAUGUUGAUGCUGCUGGGGAUCAGUAACAAACUGUCAGAAAAGGAGCGGGACAAGGUGAUGCCUCUGAUCAUCCAGGGGUUCAAAGAUGCGUCGGAGGAAGCAGGCACGUCUGUUACGGGGGGACAGACUGUUCUUAACCCCUGGGUGGUCCUGGGUGGGGUGGCCACCACGGUCUGUCAACCCAAUGAGUUCAUCAUGCCAGACAACGCAGUGCCAGGAGAUGUGUUGAUUCUCACCAAACCUCUUGGGACUCAGGUGGCUGUGGCGGUACACCAGUGGCUGGACAUUCCGGACAAGUGGAAUAAGAUCAAGCUGGUGGUGACUCAGGAGGAUGUAGAGCUGGCCUAUCAGGAAGCUAUGAUGAACAUGGCCCGGCUCAACAGGACAGCUGCAGGUCUGAUGCACACCUUCAACGCUCACGCCGCCACUGACAUCACUGGCUUCGGGAUUCUGGGCCACGCCCAGACAUUGGCACGGCAACAGCGUAGCGAGGUCUCAUUCGUCAUUCACAACCUCCCUGUGCUCGCCAAGAUGGCCGCUGUGUCCAAGGCCUGCGGGAACAUGUUCGGACUCAUGCACGGCACCUGCCCCGAGACAUCAGGGGGUCUGUUGAUCUGUCUUCCCAGGGAGCAGGCAGCUCGUUUCUGUGCUGAGAUCAAAUCUCCUAAAUACGGCGAGGGCUACCAGGCCUGGAUCAUCGGCAUUGUGGAGAAGGGCAACCGCACCGCCCGCAUCAUCGACAAACCACGAAUCAUCGAGGUCGCUCCUCAGCUCUCCACACAGAAUGUCAAUCCCACACCCGGUGCAACCUCAUAAUACCUUUCCUCUCCCCUGCAAUGCAGACCGGAACCACAGAGCUCGGCCGAGUUUUUUUGAGACUCAUAGAAAACCAUCCUAGAGUGUGUCAAAUGUAUACACGUGUAUAUAUAUAUACACAGUGCCUUGCGAAAGUAUUCGGCCCCCUUGAACUUUGUGACCUUUUGCCACAUUUCAGGCUUCAAACAUAAAGAUAUAAAACUGUAUUUUUUGUGAAGAAUCAACAACACAAUCAUGAAGUGGAACGACAUUUAUUGGAUAUUUCAAACUUUUUUAACAAAUCAAAAACUGAAAAAUUGGGCGUGCAAAAUUAUUCAGCCCCUUUACUUUCAGUGCAGCAAACUCUCUCCAGAAGUUCAGUGAGGAUCUCUGAAUGAUCCAAUGUUGACCUAAAUGACUAAUGAUGAUAAAUACAAUCCACCUGUGUGUAAUCAAGUCUCCGUAUAAAUGCACCUGCACUGUGAUAGUCUCAGAGGUCCGUUAAAAGCGCAGAGAGCAUCAUGAAGAACAAGGAACACACCAGGCAGGUCCGAGAUACUGUUGUGAAGAAGUUUAAAGCCGGAUUUGGAUACAAAAAGAUUUCCCAAGCUUUAAACAUCCCAAGGAGCACUGUGCAAGCGAUAAUAUUGAAAUGGAAGGAGUAUCAGACCACUGCAAAUCUACCAAGACCUGGCCGUCCCUCUAAACUUUCAGCUCAUACAAGGAGAAGACUGAUCAGAGAUGCAGCCAAGAGGCCCAUGAUCACUCUGGAUGAACUGCGGAGAUCUACAGCUGAGGUGGGACACUCUGUCCAUAGGACAACAAUCAGUCGUAUAUUGCACAAAUCUGGCCUUUAUGGAAGAGUGGCAAGAAGAAAGCCAUUUCUUAAAGAUAUCCAUAAAAAGUGUUGUUUAAAGUUUGCCACAAGCCACCUGGGAGACACACCAAACAUGUGGAAGAAGGUGCUCUGGUCAGAUGAAACCAAAAUUGAACUUUUUGGCAACAAUGCAAAACGUUAUGUUUGGCGUAAAAGCAACACAGCACAUCACCCUGAACACACCAUCCCCACUGUCAAACAUGGUGGUGGCAGCAUCAUGGUUUGGGCCUGCUUCUCUUCAGCAGGGACAGGGAAGAUGGUUAAAAUUGAUGGGAAGAUGGAUGGAGCCAAAUACAGGACCAUUCUGGAAGAAAACCUGAUGGAGUCUACUAAAGACCUGAGACUGGGACGGAGAUUUGUCUUCCAACAAGACAAUGAUCCAAAACAUAAAGCAAAAUCUACAAUGGAAUGGUUCAAAAAUAAACAUAUCCAGGUGUUAGAAUGGCCAAGUCAAAGUCCAGACCUGAAUCCAAUCGAGAAUCUGUGGAAAGAACUGAAAACUGCUGUUCACAAAUGCUCUCCAUCCAACCUCACUGAGCUCGAGCUGUUUUGCAAGGAGGAAUGGGAAAAAAUUUCAGUCUCUCGAUGUGCAAAACUGAUAGAGACAUACCCCAAGCGACUUACAGCUGUAAUCGCAGCAAAAGGUGGCGCUACAAAGUAUUAACUUAAGGGGGCUGAAUAAUUUUGCACGCCCAAUUUUUCAGUUUUUGAUUUGUUAAAAAAAAUCAUUUCAUGAUUGUGUCCCACUUGUUGUUGAUUCUUCACAAAAAAAUACAGUUUUAUAUCUUUAUGUUUGAAGCCUGAAAUGUGGCAAAAGGUCGCAAAGUUCAAGGGGGCCGAAUACUUUCGCAAGGCACUGUAUAUACAAUUAACUGGGUUGAGGUGUAUGUACACCUGCCUCAGACCGACAGAAGCCUUAGGGGCAGGUCAUCACACAAUGGACGCACUUAUCAACAAAAACAAAAAAAUCCCUAAAAAGAAAACAAGUAAAAAUCCAUUUGCCUUUUGUCUGUUGCAAUCUGUUAUGUUUGACUGAAGAGGCAGGCAGCUUCUGGGUUUAAGAAUAGAUUAUGAUUAUCCGAUUCUGUUGAUUCAUUUAGAAUCUUUAGGAGACUCUGGUGUCCGUUGCCUCCAGGGCUCUUUUUAAAGGGUGCUUGUUCUCGACAAGUAUGUGAGUUUGUUUUUUUAAAGCGAUGGGUAGUGAUAUAGCGUUUUUGUUUGUCCGUUCACUUUGUGUACAGUUUAAAAACGUAGUUGUAGUUUAAAGCUGUAACCAAUGCCUGGAAAGAGUGAACAUAAGGGUUGCUUUUUUUACUUUCACUUUUUGUAUCCCCCCAAAAAACAAAUUAUUCAAAUAGAUUUUUAUUUUCUUGCCAGUUUUACAAGAGCACUAUCAAAUUGAUGGAUCUAAAGGAAUGCAUUAUCAAAUUGGACUCCCUCUGUUCAUAUUGCUGUUUUGUACUUCUAAUCAGUGAUAGAAUCAGUUACAAGGACAUUAAAUCCAUUCUGUCAUCUUACAGGCAAUAAACAGAACGUCCUGGUAUAGUUUGAUAUACUUGCCUAUGGAGAUGUGAUCAUACUGAGUAGGAUUCGGAAGAAGUCUGAGCAUGGUGUCUCAACUCUGUUGUAUUGCACACACCUACCUUUUUAAGGAAGCAGGUAUUGUAAGAGGCAGAUGAAAUGGUGAGUGUUCAAGUCUUGGUUGACACUUUGCUCCAUGAAAAUAGUACCAGUGCAUCCAUCUGCAGCAGAGCUUACACUAGCUGAUUUUCUAUAGAAUCUUCCAGUACCUAGAGGUUCCAUACAAUUUGUAUACCGGUAAAGUACUUUGCUCAGAUUUUCCAACACUAGAUUUGCCACACUAUCCCAAUAAAUGUACAAUCUGCGUCUAAUCAUCCUGGUUGGGAUAAGUGUAGUCUUAGAUUCAAAUCAGAUGGAGCAUUAACCAGCAUUGGCCGACAUCCGCAUAGCAGAUGUUUUAGAGUUGUAACUGAGGUAUGAGAUAUUCUAUCGGUGAGUGGCUGCUUCUGUAUGUCACAAACCACUCCCUUAAUCCUACCGGGUUAGAAGUUGAAAACGGCUCUAGAAAGUGUAGGCUAUCGGUGUUAAGAAAGAAUGAAUUAGAUGUCAAACCAUUGAUGUUAGGCUAAAGCAUGUUUUCAUGUUCAUUUGAAUGGGGAAUUUAUAGCGUAUCAGUCUAAUUCAAGUGUUUGAACUUCUAACGUGGCUGCAUGGGAUGUUGCAUUAUAGUCGGGUGUGGUUUCAGUGUAUCCAACGGCAGUGUCCACAAUAAGGUAACACAAUGAGAUGCUUGUGGAUUUCACAGCUCUAUGCAGUUCCAACAUCGCCAAAACAACCGCUAUGCAGAUGUCAAUCUGAUUGAAUCUAGCCCUUAGUACUCCAGUCAUCUGAAUCAAGGCCUUUUCUCAUGUCUGGUACCAUAAAGGGUUGUAUUGCACUCUGCUUACAAACUGAAAUAACACUGGAUCCUCUCUUACACUGAA